CUAAACGCUAUAUAAGCUCUCUCUCUCUUUCUCUCCCUCUAACCCACUUCGCGUCUUCGUUUUACCUCAUUUCUCUCCGAUCAGAAACAUCUAUAUGUGAUGUUGAGGUUGUGGAAAUGGUAUCAGAAAUGUUUGACUGUUCAUCCGGUUAAGACCCAGAUCAUCAGCUCCGGCUUUCUCUGGGGUGUUGGAGAUGUUGCCGCCCAGACCAUUACCCAUUCGACAAUGAAGAAAUAUCGUCUGAAAUCUGAUGCAGAUGAGGAGUUUAGGAUAAACUGGAAAAGAGUGGCCAUCACAAGCAUGUUUGGAUUUGGAUUUGUUGGACCAGUAGGUCAUUUCUGGUAUGAGGGCUUAGACCGAUUCAUAAGGUUGCGUCUUCAUCUACAACCUAAUUCAAUGCGGUUUGUUGCUACUAAAGUUGCAAUGGAUGGUAUAAUCUUUGGGCCUCUUGAUCUGUUUGUGUUUUUUUCAUAUAUGGGGCUUUCCAUGGGCAAGAGUAUUGAUCAAGUGAAGGAAGAUGUGAAGAGGGAUUUCCUCCCAGCCUUGAUUUUGGAGGGUGGUAUCUGGCCACUAGUUCAGGUUGCUAAUUUUCGAUUUGUUCCUGUGCGAUAUCAACUUCUCUAUGUGAAUGUCUUCUGUUUAUUAGACAGCGCGUUUUUAUCAUGGCUCGAACAGCAACAGGAUGCUCCUUGGAAGCAGUGGAUAACAUCAUUUCUAGCCUUGGAAGAGCAAGAAGGCCAGGGCUGAUGAUGUCUUUUGAUGUUCUCUUAUAUCUUUCUCAAGAUCGAUGAUCGUAAUGGAAAAAAUGUGUGCCUAAAUGGUCUUGUAAAGUCGAAAGAAUUUCAUUGCACCCUGAAAUGGCAUCAUGUGUUUUUUAAGGUUGGGUUUUGGGGAAAUGAUGUAAACUAAUUUCAAGCUUUACGUAUUGUAAUGCUAUUGCAUCAGACAGGACCAAAAUAUUGCAAUCUGUUCAACUUACUUGUGCCAA